AUGGCCCUUGGAGGUCUUUACUGCUACAUGGGGCUGAAUUCGCUGACUAUUUAUUUUUCUCACGUGUAUUUGCUCUGCGGGUUUCAUACACAUCCAUCUUCUUCGGGCAACUGGAGGCAGACUCAGGCGUCAAUCGUCGACAGACAGCCUCCUCUCGGCACCCAAAAAACCCACUUGGCUUUCCCUCGGCUUCGACCUUCCACUUCAACCCACCCCAGCUGGCUCGUAGAGGAAAACUUGGGGCAAACCGUCAAUUUCUCACCUAGGUCACGGAAUCCCCAGGCUAAUCUGAGCCCAGCUUCCUCCAGAUUACGUCACAUUCCUGCGUACAGCCCAACAGUCGCCACACUGAGCCUUUCCAAUUCCCUUGUGACAAUCCGUCUGCUUAACACUCCCGAAGUCUUCACCAUUGGCCCACGAGUACAUGUCUGCGCGCCCGCAAGGGUGGGCGACUCCGGCAGUCACGAUAUCAUCAACUAG